AAGUGUUAAGGCUUGAACCUGAUCGAGCUCUUCUCACUCGCUUCUGUGGAGGAGGGGGGAGACAGCACUGGAGAGCUGCCUCAUUUUUUGGACUAGUCAGGGUGAUUAUAGAAAAUCAAGACAUUUGAUUUAAAUGGAAAUAGAAAAGUAAGUUUUUUGGACUGAGAAAACUUAAAGGAUAACGUAAUGGCUCAAAUGGAUGCAGACUUUGGAGUGAAGGGCAGCAGCAUCAUCAGAGAAUGGAGUGGACAGGUCCAACCUGCGCUGGUCGCCUCCUUCGUCUUCCUCUUCUGUCUGGAAGCCUGCCUGUGGGUCAGGAACUUCAGGCUCAAGAGACGACUGCCGGGACCCUUCGCCUGGCCGGUGGUGGGCAAUGCCAUGCAGCUGGGCCAGAUGCCCCACAUCACCUUCACCAAACUUGCCAAAAAGUACGGGAAUGUGUACCAGAUACGCCUGGGCUGCAAUGAUAUAGUUGUUCUGAAUGGAGACAGAGUGAUCCGUCAGGCUCUCAUUCAGCACAGCACAGAGUUUGCAGGCAGACCAAACUUUGUCUCUUUUCAGAACGUCUCUGGGGGGAAGAGUAUAACUUUCUCCAAUUACAGCAAACAGUGGAAGAUGCACAGGAAAAUUGCUCAAUCAACGAUCAGAGCCUUCUCAUCCGCCAACAGCCUGACCAAGAAAGCCUUUGAGCAGCAAAUUGUGGCCGAAGCCACAGAACUUGUGGAGAUUUUCCUUCAACUCAGUGCUCAGGGCCAACAUUUUAACCCCGCUUAUGAGCUGACAGUGGCUGCAGCUAAUGUGAUUUGUGCCUUGUGCUUUGGGAAGCGUUAUGGACGUGAUGACGUUGAGUUCAGAAGCUUGUUGCAGAGGGUGGACAAGUUCGGAGAGACAGUUGGGGCUGGCAGCUUGGUGGAUGUAAUGCCCUGGCUUCAGUCUUUUCCUAAUCCGGUGCGCAGUAUGUUUCAGAACUUUAAAGAUAUAAAUCAAGAGUUCUUCUGGUUCGUCCACAACAAGGUGGAGAAGCACAGAGAAACAUUUGACCCAGAGGUUACAAGGGAUAUGAGUGAUGCUUUUAUUGGCGUAAUUGACAAGGCUGAGAGUGACAAUGGACUCACCAAAGGCCACACAGAUGGGACGGUGUCCGAUCUAAUCGGGGCAGGUCUGGAUACUGUCUCCACUGCUCUUCACUGGAUCCUCCUGCUGCUGGCUAAACACCCAGACAUACAAACGAAACUCCAUGAGCUCAUAGACAAAGUCGUAGGACGAGACAGGCUGCCGUCCAUCGAGGACAGAAGCAGCCUAACCCUCCUGGAUGCCUUCAUCUAUGAAACCAUGCGCUUCACCAGCUUCGUCCCGGUCACCAUCCCUCAUUCCACCAUCUCAGACGUCACCAUCGAAGGUCUCCACAUUCCCAAAGACACGGUGGUCUUCAUCAAUCAGUGGUCCAUCAAUCACGACCCCCUGAAGUGGAAGGACCCACAUAUCUUUGACCCCUCGCGCUUCCUGGAUGAAAACGGCUCCCUUGACAAGGAUCUCACCAACAAUGUUAUGAUCUUCUCAGCGGGGAAGAGAAGAUGCAUCGGGGACCAGAUCGCCAAAGUCGAGAUAUUUUUGUUCUUUGCGAUUUUACUGCACCAAUGUAGCUUUGAGAAAUGUGCCAGUGAGGACCUGUCUUUAAACUGCACUUACGGUCUGACACUGAAGCCUUUAGAUUAUAAGAUUACUGCUAAACUCAGGGGGGAGUCACUCACAGGCCAAUAAAUAAUGUUGGGGAUGAUUUGGUCUCCAGUGAAACAUUACUAUGCAAUAUAAGGUAUGUGAUCAAAAUGCUCCAUAUGACUGUAAUCAACUUUGAUUAACCCAAGAAACCCUCUACUGACAUUUCAAGUAGUCACGCUUACAUUACUAUUAUUGUAUCAGUGCAACAUUUCUGCAACUAUAGCCGUCUAUAUCUGGCACUCAGAAAGCAUGCAAGAAAAAUCUGUACACAACAGGAAUUCUUUUAAGAAGACAUGGCAGCGAAAACCCAAAUAUAUCUGUCCUGGCAAUGCUACAUGGAAAAGACAGAAAAAUGUAAUGACAUCUUUCAUGUGGCAGCCCAAAACACAAAUUUAUAAUAAGCCUGAAGUAUGAAUUGUUGUUUAAAUGGGGGUACUUAGAGGAGUUACCCUAAAUUGCAAUUGCAAUAUAAACUGGCGGUGAUGAAUGCAUUUUAUUUUAAGCUUUUUGUGUCUUUCUCUGCUGAUGGGCUAGAAUCAUGUGCCAGCUGUGUGGUCUCAACUCAAUCCACUGUGCAACUAUUCACAGACUUCCAUACAACUUUAGAUGUGUUGAACUUUUUCCACUUAUUUCAAAUCAAUGUGCAGCCACCUGCUUCAUGUGGUCUUAACUCUCUGGUGUCAUUAUGGAUAUUUUUUGUCCACAAGGGAGCUUUUUUUUUUCUCCUUUUAAUUGUCAGUUGUUUUAGCUGUGCUAAUGCAUACGGCAUGCUUAUAUUUCUAAUGGAUCUAUAACACACUGUGUACAAAUCUACAUCCUUUAUAGGCAACAAAGACAAAACUGUCCAUUUUCAAGCAUGUUCAUAUACAGUGCUUAACAAAUUUAUUAGACCACCUGUCAUAUUUGUCUCAGAGACCAUCCAGCAUCAUGAAGUGCUUUAAUGCUUUCAUUUUCAGUGAGCUCUCCACAUUUUACCAUUUUGAA